AUGCCAGAGCCUGCAUUGCGCGCAGCAUUACAGAGCUCCCUCUGCUUCGGGCUGUACCACAAUUUACGCCAGUCAGACAAAGCUUCAGACUCCACACUCAAAUUCGUGGGCCUCGUGCGCUGCGUAACAGACUACACAAUAUUCCUCUUCUUGACAGACGUCUUUGUCAUUUCCUCGCUCCGAGGCCUCGGUCUGGGAACAUGGCUUGUGACCUGCGUGUCAGAGGUUAUCGAGACGAUGCCUUAUCUGCGGAGAUCAUUGCUACUUACUGGGAAUCGGAAGCGGUUGGUGCGGUUUUGUGAAACAGUCAUGAAUAUGGAGCUUACGGUGUGUAAACCACCAGUUGAUGGAAAGGGUGCGGGAGGCUUUGCUGUUAUGCCGCGGAAGUCUUGGGGGACUCCUGGGGUUGGGGAAAAGCGGUAG